AUGAUGGACGACCUAGCUCCGAAGCUGAGCGAAGGAAACGCACGACGUGGGGAGCACUUAAGAAUGUUGAGGAAUAAGAAGACAAUGAUCAUCCGGCUCCGUGCUCACCUUUCUAUAUUGGUGUCCUUCGUGCUCCGUUCGCCUGGUGGUGACCCUACUAAGGCAGCUAAACAUGCUGUCGGCCUCAUUCAACGCGCUAUCGGAAGGACGACGCUUGGAAUCUCCUUUUACGGCAAAGUACGAGAAGGGCAAGGGGGUGUGACUGUACUGGAUGGUUUGGAUUUGAACCCAGUCACCCCCAGAAGGCCGCUGAGGGCGGUAAAAUCAGCAGUAAAAGUUUUUUCGUCCCGAAGAAAAGCCCCGCAGAGGGGAAAAUUGCAUCCCUCCCAAAAGCUACGAGCUGGAGCUAAUGGAACCACAGCAGUACCUCAUGUUUUCGAUGACGAUUGCGAAGGAAACGUUUAUGAGUGUCGUCGAGCUCUUCCGCCGCGAACGAAUGCAGAUGAGUUGCUCCGUCACACCAUUGACGAUAUUCUUACCGAGGCACCAACGGACCUCUCUUGUCCUUCGACGCUGACUCCAAGACUUGAUUUAUUGCACACGAGACAGUCGGAUACAGCACAGGAUUCUCCUUCAUCAUCUCACUCUUCAUUUCCAAAUCUCCAGAAUUUGGGCACCAGCUUUAUGCAUGUUGGAAGGUUACCUUCAGCUGAAAGCCAUGAGUCAAGUAAGAAUGACGGUGCUUCUCGAGAAGGCGAAAUUGAUGAGUGCACGGUAUGCAUGUCAGCUAAAGUGAACAGCGCUCUUUACAAAUGUGGUCAUUCAUGCAUGUGUUACGAAUGCGCAAUGCAAACAUACCGUUCAUCGGGUCUUUGCCCUCUCUGCCGUGCCUCAAUCCUUGAUGUCAUCAAAAUUUUCAAGGCAUAA